AUGAUUACUGUUCUAAACACUAUCGAUACGGGUCACGAGGAUAUGAUACACGAUGCUGAACUGGACUACUACGGCCUGCGACUAGCUACAUGUUCUUCCGACAACUCAGUAAAAAUUUAUGACAUCAAGAGCGGUACACAAACUCUUGUUGCUGAUCUAAAGGGCCACUUUGGACCAGUUUGGCAAGUGGCGUGGGCACACCCAAAGUAUGGAAAUUUGUUAGCAUCUUGUUCCUAUGAUAGAAAAGUUAUCAUAUGGAAGGAGGCCGGCGAGUGGACAAAGUUAUACGAACAUGCCGGACAUGAGAGCUCUGUAAACUCAAUAGCAUGGGCGCCCGCCGAAUACGGUCUUAUAUUAGCAUGUUGUAGCUCCGACGGGUCCGUUUCCAUCAUUACCUAUUCUCAAGAUGGUGGUAACUGGGAUGUCAAGAAGAUUUCAGGCGCUCAUGCGAUUGGUGUAAACUCUGUUAGUUGGUGCCCUGCGAUAUCUGCAGAUUUGAAUUUGGACCCUCUUAGCAAUAAGGAGGCACCAAAACGGAUAGUCACUGGAGGAUGUGACAACUUGAUUAAGAUAUGGAGGGAACAGGGUGACCAAUGGGUAGAAGAAAACAAACUUGAAAUGCACAUGGACUGGGUGCGAGAUGUUGCAUGGGCACCUUCCCUGGGGCUCCAACGCUCAAUGAUUGCCAGCUGCUCCCAAGAUAAAAGAGUUGUAAUUUGGACCAGUGAUGAUAAUGUCUCUUGGAAUCCCACCAUUUUAAAUACCUUUGAUGAUGUAGUUUGGAGUGUAAGCUGGUCUCUUACCGGUAAUAUCUUGGCUGUAUCAGGAGGCGACAAUAAAGUGAGUCUCUGGCGUGAAGGUGCUGAUGGACAAUGGUUAUGCAUCAGUGAAGUUGCCAAAGGCUUGGGACAAACACCAAAUGAUGAACGAAGCACACUUUGA